CAUAUCGCGAGAUCAGCCCCCGAGAGCUUCUGAGAAGCAGCAAUCCGCACAGGUGAGCAGCGCUAAUUGACUAUGAAAGCACCACGCUGUGUGAGGGACGGGUUUCUCACGAAGGAGCCUUUCACACGUGGACGAAACAUGCCGCUGAACAACAACAGCCAGAAGGUACAGACUGCAGCCGCCAGACUGGCCAUGCUGCCAGUUGUCCGCUCAGCUUGUACCAAACUGUCAGUCUUGUACAUUGACACCAAAUGCAACCACCCCAACCUGAAGUCUGUGUGUGAGGGGCUGGAGAGCAGCGUGACAGCCAUAGUUUCACCUGUCAUUGUUAAACUGGAGCCACAGAUUUCCAUCGCAAAUGAUGUUGCAUGUAAAAGUCUUGACUGGCUGGAGACUACGUUCCCCGGGAUUCAUGCACCCACAGAGGAGAUUGUUGCCAAUGCCAAGAACAAGAUGCAUGAGAUUCAGCAGGUGGUGAGCAUUGCAGCUAACGGGACCGUGGACUGUGUACAGCACACAGUCACGUGGCUGAUGGGCAGGGUGCAGCAAGCCGAUGACCAGGCUGACCGGCCGUUUGUGGAGAGAGCCAUCAGCGUGGCCAGCACGGGACUGGACUCUGCUCUGAACGUGUCAGAGGCUCUGAUGGACCAAGUGCUUCCUCCUACUGAAGAAGAUAAAAAAGAAGAAGCUCGCUUGCUGGAGGGGUUCGAGGCGGCCACGCUGAAGAGGAGUUACCCUGUGCGACUGGGUUCACUCGUUGCCAAGGUGUGCAGGAGGACCUACAAUGUGGUUGGGCCCAAGAUGCAAUCUGUUCAGGUCAUGGAGAACUUGUCCAGGUCUUCAGGUCUGGUUCUGGACCUCCUGACCAGCUGGCAGACCUGGGUCUGGAGUGUUCAGGGGCUGCCUCAGUACAUGCAGCAUCAGGUUAUAUCUGCAUUCUUCUUCAUCUCUCAGAUGAACGUAAGUCGCCCACCAUCCCAAAACCACAAUGGGCCUAACCACGAUAGUUUUCCCAAUGCUGAUGAGACAACUAUGACCCCCAAGAACAUGGUCCAAGUCCUCCCACAAACUACGUCUCCUGCCUCUCCUACCUGCCGAAUGAGGAAGCCAGUCAAGACGCCUGUGUCUGAGACUGGGUGUAGAGUCAAAGGAUGUGUUCGUCGCUGACUGUUACUGUAAUUAUUUAAUGUACAUGUUUGUGUGCUGAUUUAUGACCCUGAAGGACAUGCAACUGAAUAUUUGCCUCAAUAAAAAAUAAUUGAACAUUCAUGAA